AUGAGAAUCGUCUGUUUGAACAUCCUGUGCUGGGUUGAUGGGAACCUGGAAAAUUUAAUUUGUAGUCUAAAGCUCCACAUCGGACUGUCAGACACCAGCAGGCUCCUCACAAUUAACUUGCAGCAUUUGCCGUCACAGCUGCGUUCGGUCGAAGUGACAGAGAGCAGCCCAAACAGCAGGUGUGAAGGAGGGGAUGUACGCACAUGUGUUGUACCUCUCCACUCAGUGAACAGCACAGUCUCUCUGAUGGUCAUCAUCUCCAACGGCACCAGCUCUGUGUUCUCACCAGUGAUGCACAUCCUCCCGCAAAGUCUUUUGGGCCCGGCCCCCCCGUCAAACCUGCGGUACCGCAUGAGCACGGACGGCGAGCUGACUUUGAGCUGGAGCCAUUCGCAGGCCGUGCCCGGCCCCCUCGUCUAUGAAAUCCGCCAAACCCUCAACAGCUCCCUCCACUCCUGGGUGCACCUGAGUGCAGUGGGAGUACAGAGGGUCUCUCUGAGCGGUCUCAGCGUGGGGCUCAACUACACUGUACAGGUGCGCUGCAAGACUCCGGGCGAGCAGGCCUUCUGGAGCAACUGGAGUCAGCCCCUCUACGUUUACCUACAUGAAGUGAGUUAUCUCCCCGAAAGAUUAUUUGCCAGCACGGGGUCGAAUGUGACAAUUUACUGCGUUUUUAACAACCGGAGCCACAAUGCUAAGAAUGUGGAGUGGUGGCUGAACUACAACGUGAAAGUUCCGGAAAGCCAGUACAACGUUAUCAAUGACCGUGUGAGCAGCGUCUCUCUGUUGAACGUCAAGCCAUCCAGGCAACGAGGAUACGACAUCCUGCACUGCUGCCAGCGCAAAGGGGAGAAGUCUCUGUGCAGUUACCCCUAUGCUCAGAUUUACAUUAAGGAUAUUAAUGUUGACAUAUCCUGUGAGACCAACGGGGACCUUAAUGCCAUGACCUGUAGCUGGAAUGCCAGCCAAUGGGUUUCAAUCAAGUUCUUUUACAGAAGGUAUGACCUUCCUUGUGAAGCAGUGUACAGAGAAGAGAAUAUAGACAUAUCUGAUGUGAGGGAGUGUCCUGUUGGAGGGCGGGGCUCAAAGAGUUGCACACUGCAGCCUUUAUUUCUGACUUCCUGCUACAAGAUGUGGGUGGAGCUCAGGAAAGAGGAAGGUGCAGUCAAGUCCCACCCCAUCUAUGUCACGCCCAUGGACCUGGUGAAGCCUCAUCCUCCGUUUGACCUGGACGCUGUCACCCUACCAGAUGGAAAUUUGAGCAUCCGCUGGACAAGGCCUGAACUGCCAGCCUAUGAGCUCCAGUUUGAUGUCCGUUACUCAGGGGACAGGGAUGGCACACAGCACAAGGUCCUUGGAUCCGUGUUCAAUCAGUCGUGUGUGGUUCCAGGGCUGGAUCCAUGUGCGGUUUAUGUCAUCUGGGUACGCUGCAAGCGCCUCAAUGGACCGGGGUUCUGGAGUGACUGGAGUAACCCCUUCCACACCACCAUUCAGAACGUCAAAGCACCUGAGCGGGGACCUGAUUUCUGGAGAGUGCUUCAGGAACAUGCCAGAUUGAAUCAGACAAAUGUCACUCUUCUCUUCAUGCCUGCACAGAGAGAGGAGCACUUCUGCUGUGUGGAGGGAUUUGUAGUUCAGCACCAGACCUCGGGGGGUGCUGUGUGGUCAGAGAGUGUUGGCCUUGUCUCCACCUACACCUUCCCCUGGCACAAAGAUGUCCAAACUGUCACCGUACUGGCCAGAAAUUCCCUUGGGACUUCAUCCAGGAACAGCAACAUGAUACUGAACAGACGCAGUAAACCUCAGUCCGUCCACUCGUUCACCUCACUGAUGAUAAACAGCAGUUGUGUGGCACUCUCCUGGAGCCUGUUCCCCAACAGCUCUGCUCCGGUGUCAUUUGUCAUCGAGUGGAGAGGCCAGAGCAGGGGCAGAGGGAAGGACAAGGAGAGCGAGAGAGUGAAGUGGGUUCGAGUCCCGUCCAACGACCGCACCUUUCAUCUGCACGAAACAUUCUUUGCCUCUGAAGAAUACCAGUUCAUCUUGUAUCCAAUAUUUGAGGAUGGAGAAGGGGAGCCCGUGUACGCCAAAGACAGAGGGCGAUCCAGGGGAGAUCAUGCAGCCUACAUGCUUCUGCUGAUAAUCACCUUCCUGUCAGUGGUCUUGUUUGUGACACUUGCCGUCUCCCAGAACCAGAUGCGGAAGCUGGUCUGGAAGGAUGUCCCCAAUCCCAACAACUGCUCCUGGGCUCAGGGGGUCGAUUUCAGGAAGGCAGAGACCAUUGAGAGCCUUUUCCGACAUCCCGAGCGACUGUUGUCCUGCCCCCUUCUCCUGGAGUCAGAGAACAUAUCCGAGGCCGUUAUUGUGGAAAAGGCAGGACCUCUGGCGCAAAACAAGGAGAGAGACAGUGUCCUGAGCAGAGCUGUGCAGGGGGAGAGGCCCCCCACUCCCACCCUUAGCAGGGACACAGAGGAGCCUCUGGUCCCAGAGACGCCCGCUCUCCCUGGCUCUCCGAACGGUUCGGCCCACUCCAGGAUCAGCUACGCCACGGUGCUGCUCCCGGAGGAGCCGGGUCUCCUCUACAAGCAGCAAGGGAGCCUGAGCAGCUCCUCCGACGAGGGCAACUUCUCCGCCAACAACUCGGACAUCUCCGGCUCCUUCCCCGGGGGGCUCUGGGAGCUGGAGAACCCACCCUCCAACGGGGCCGACCCCCGCCACUCCUGCUGCUACAACUCCGCCGAGGAGUUCUCUGAAACCUCGGACCAGGAGGACGAAGACCUGGACGGAACGGGCACAGAGAAAGACCUGUAUUACCUGGGGAUGACCUCACAGGGCGAGGACGAGGAAGAGGACGAGGAAGAGGAUGACGAAGAGCGAGAGGAAGAGCAGGAGGCGGGAGCGAGGUUCCUGAGAGGUGAGGUCCAGGGGCGUACCCCUGGUGGGCGGGAGGAGUUCCCUGUGGAGUGCAGCCCUCUGCUCGGCCGCCUGGAGUCUGUAUGCGACAGGACUGACACAGCGGCAAAGAGCCCUCCGCUGUACAUGCCACAGUUUCGAACUGCGACCAGGAAGCCCCACCGAGCCACAGAUCAGGAGGAAACCCUCCAGCUCUGAGGCCAGACCCUCAUCACACGCUGAGCCAAUCAUGCUGCUGCCACAAAGCCCUCCCACAGGGGCGGUCACAUGCCAGCUUUCCAUCCGAACUGCUGUUGGACUGAAGGGCUACACAAGGCCUGUCCAUACUUGACAUCCCACCUUUGCGCAUUUCAGAUGAAGGAAUGUCGCUCUCGUGCGCUUUAUGAAAAAUCUUAAGACCCAUAUGGAAAUUUUAUGCUGUGAAAAAAAGUAUAUGAAGCCAACAGGGGGGGCUUUAUCCAAACGAAUGACUGCACUUUAGCAGACCAGUCUGUGAAAGAUAAGCACAUUUUGGGUGUUGCUGGUGCUAAUG